GACCGGGGGUUCGCCGAUGCUACUGACAUGGUUGGCCCCUCCAUUGAGGUCAUGAGACCUACCAGUACUCAAACUGCUCUAGACGCACCCUCGGGGUUCUUCACGGUCCAUCUGGCGUCUUUGAAGAAGGGGCUGCGCUUUCCACUCCACCCGUUGUUGGUCGAAUACCUCAACGAGGUGGACCUUCUUCCGUGCCAACUGGUCCCCAAUUCUCACCGGUACAUCGCCGGUUACUUGGUCCGAUGCAAGGCUGUGGGGGUGAAACCGACCUUGGACCAUUUCAUAUUCACCUUCAAACUGACCAAGGGCCAUAAGGAUUGGGCGUCCUAUGCCAGCCUUUCCCAGAGAUCCAGUAAACUCUUUGCGAGUGACAAGAAGGGCUCAACCAAAGACUGGAAGCCUUUCUUUGUCUUCGUUUCGACGGGGCCCGAAUCUCCUUUCACGGGUUCAGGGCGCCCUUCCUUUCGCCGCAUCCCAUGCCCCCCACCUGAUGCCACCCUCCUAUCCAUUACUCGCCAACUCUGCAAUAAGGGAGUUAUGAACAUCAAGGAGGUGGUGACAGAGGAAACCCUUGCCGGGUUGGGGUUUGAGUUUGUUCAGGAUGAGCUUCGCCACCAACCCGACCUACUGAGGGACACCCCCGGGGGGCGUCAGCCUGACCAGUUGAAGGACAUUCUUGAGGAAGGUCUUGACUGUGGUCCUUUUGUGGAACUACAAGAUUCAUGUGAAGAGAUGGACAGCGAACUCCUGCUCAGUCGCUUCACUGCAGGGAGGAAGAGGAAGAGAGAGACGAAGGGCCAGGGCAAACGCUCUUCGUCCCACCACGAGGAGGGUCCUUCCCAGGAGCCGGCUGUAAUUGUGGUGGAGGACCAGGAUGAUGCUACCCUGGAAACGGGUACAGUGACUGGUCAUUCUCCCCCCCACUCUGUGAGGCCAGAUGGCGACCUCGCUGGGUCGUCACUGGGUGUCGCCUCGGAGCGACCUCCUUCGCCCCCCGCUAUGACCUACGAGGUGGCGACCGGAGGUCGUUCGACGAGGCUUUGCAUCCCUCCUCUGCCCCAGAGCUUAGGGGACGUGCAACUGGAGACCCUGAUCACCCUGCCCGCUGAGGACCAAGCUCGCAUCUCGGCCGGUUCUGAGGACGACCUUGAUAACAUGGUCCUUUUAAGGCUAAGCCAG